CUGAAUACCAAAUCUUUCAAGAUGUUUAUCCACAGCAUCCUUCGAAUACUUUUAUGGGGACUGCUGUUUUUUACGGAACACAGUGCCCAAAUGGCAAAGAUAGGACAGUCCUCUAUAGCCCUUAGGACUGAGGCUCCUACCUUGCCCCUGAUUUGGGAGCUGCUGGAAGAAGUUCCUGGCAAACAGCAGAGACAGCCACGGGUCCUAGGGCAUCCUUUGCGGUAUAUGCUGGAGUUGUACCAUCGUUCAGCAGACCCACAUGGACACCCUAGAGAGAACCGCACAAUCGGGGCCACUAUGGUAAGACUGGUUAGGCCUUCAGCCAACACUGCAAUGCCUCUCAGAGGUCCGUGGCAUAUACAGACCUUGAACUUUCCUCUGCGACAAAACCGGGUAGGAUAUCAAUUAGUCAGGGCCACUGUGGUUUAUCGCCAUCAACUUCAUCUAAGUCGUUUCCAUCUCUCCUGCCACGUGGAACCUUGGGUACAGAAAAGACAAACCAACCACUUUCAUUCUACACGAAGAGGUUCCUCAAAGCCUUCUAUGCUUUCCAAAUCAUGGGCAGAAAUGGACAUCACACAACACAUUCAGCAAAAGCUCUGGAAUCACAAGGGGCGCAGGAUUCUGCAACUCCGCUUCAUGUGUCAGCAACAAAAAGCAGGUCAAGUACUUGAGCUCAGGUGGCAUGGCACUUCAUCCUUGGACAUUGUCUUCUUGUUGUUCUACUUCAAUGAUACUCAUAAAAGUGUUUAUAAGGCCAAAGCUCUCCCUAGAGGCCUGGCGGAGUUUACUGGAAGGGAUCCUCCUUUUUUGCGGAGGGCCCGGCAAGCAGGUACUAUCAGGUCUGAGGUUCCGGGUCCCUCUCAGGAACACGAUGGACCUGAAAGUAGCCAAUGUUCCCUCCAUCCUUUCCAAGUCAGUUUCCACCAGCUGGGCUGGGAUCACUGGAUUAUUGCUCCCUAUCUCUACAGUCCAAACUACUGUAAGGGAACUUGUCCUCGGGUACUGCGCCAUGGUCUCAAUUCUCCCAAUCAUGCCAUCAUCCAGAACCUCAUAAAUGAACUGGUGGACCAAAGUGUACCUCAACCCUCCUGUGUCCCUUAUAAGUAUGUCCCUAUUAGUAUCCUUCUGAUUGAGGCAAAUGGAAGUAUCUUGUAUAAGGAGUAUGAGAAUAUGAUUGCCCAGUCCUGCACAUGCAGGUGA